AUGCUUGUGUUGUUCGAAACUCCUGCAGGCUUUGCCUUAUUUAAAGUGUUGAAUGAAGGGAAGCUCUCCCAAGUUGAGGAUCUAUGGAAGGAAUUUUCAAGUGCAGAGUCAGCUAGACAGGUUGUCAAACUGAAAGCUUUUUCCAAGUUUGAGAAUACAUCAGAAGCUUUGGAAGCAGCAACCCUGCUGAUUGACAGUAAACCCAGCAAAGGUCUGCGCAAGUUCUUGCGUGCGCACUGCAGUGGCGAAACUCUGGCUGUUGCAGAUUCUAAGCUUGGAAAUGUCAUCAAGGAAAAACUGAAAAUAGACUGUGUUCACAACAAUUCUGUUAUGGAGUUGAUGAGAGGUGUAAGAAAUCAGUUGACUGAACUUAUAGCUGGUCUACAAGUUCAAGAUUUGGCACCAAUGAGCUUGGGUUUAUCCCAUAGUUUAUCUCGAUACAAGCUCAAAUUCAGUGCUGAAAAGGUUGAUACAAUGGUUAUUCAAGCCAUUGGUUUGCUUGAUGAUCUUGAUAAAGAGCUAAAUACAUAUGCAAUGAGGGUUCGAGAAUGGUACGGUUGGCAUUUUCCAGAGCUUGCAAAGAUUGUCCAGGACAAUAUCCUUUAUGCCAAGGCAGUGAAGCUGAUGGGCUAUCGUGCCAAUGCUGCAAAGCUUGAUUUCUCCGAGAUAUUGCCAGAGGAGGUUGAAACUGAAUUGAAGGAAGCAGCUAUGAUAUCUAUGGGAACUGAAGUUAGCGAGCUUGAUUUGAUUAACAUCAAAGAACUCUGUGACCAAGUUCUCUCUCUCUCUGAGUACAGAGCUCAGCUAUAUGAUUAUUUAAAAAACAGGAUGAACACCAUUGCACCAAAUUUGACUGCUCUCGUUGGAGAGCUUGUUGGUGCUCGCCUCAUUGCCCAUGGUGGUAGCUUGUUGAACCUUGCAAAGCAGCCUGGGAGCACAGUUCAGAUUCUUGGAGCUGAAAAGGCCCUCUUCAGAGCACUGAAGACUAAGCAUGCAACACCAAAAUAUGGGCUUAUCUACCAUGCAUCCUUGAUUGGUCAAGCAGCCCCAAAGCUCAAGGGUAAAAUAUCACGCUCACUUGCAGCAAAAACUGCAUUAGCAAUUCGAUAUGAUGCUCUUGGAGAUAACCAAGAUAACACAAUGGGACUGGAAAAUCGAGCCAAGCUUGAAGCACGGUUAAGGAAUCUUGAAGGCAGAGAGUUGGGUCGGUUUGCUGGAUCAGCUAAAGGCAAACCAAAGAUUGAAGUCUACGACAAGGAUCGCAAGAAGGGAGCUGGAGGAUUGAUAACUGCUGCCAAGGCAUAUAAUCCCGCAGCAGAUUCUGUUCUUGGCCAAACGACACCUGCUGGAGAAGAUAAGAAAGAGAAGAAAAAGAAGAAGAAGGCUGAUGAUGAAGACAUGCCUGCGUCAAAUGACAGAAAUGGAAAUGCAGAAGCAGAAGAGGAACCCGUGAAGAAGGAAAAGAAGAAGAAGAAGAAGCAUUCAGCUGAGGAUGUUGAUGCAGUUGAAAAUGCUGAUGCCGGAGAGAAGAAGAAAAGGAAAAGAAAACAAGCUGAAGAAGAAUCUGAUACGCCAAGCAAGAAGAAAGAGAAGAAGAAGAAGAAGAAAAGUGAUGAUUGA